AUGUUAUAAUAGCGGCAUGUUACAGCAGGAUGACCCUUGUGGUUUAGCGCUUCUUUUUGAUUAUAAUAAUGUUAGAGGAGGGGCACAUUGCAGCAGGGGCACCUGUCAUCGGCUCAAUAUUAGCCAGUUCCAUUUUCCAUUAUUGAGAAUCCGGUUACUGAGCUCAGGAACUCUUGACGGAGUCAGGGGAUCAUCAUGGGUCAUGGCCAGCAGAUUCAUGCUAAGGUCAUUUUCUUACUCUAAAAAAGUAUCUAUAUGUACUAAGAUGUCCAGCCAAGUGGAAGCUCCACAGGUUGUCCAUGACCAAGAAAACAUGGAAUUUUAUGUUAAAUUAGGAAGAGAUAAGGCUUACCUUCAAUAUGAUAUAGAUUCAGCAAAGAAAAUUGUUGAUCUUCAGCACACUGUGGUCCCUGCAGCAUUUAGGGGUCACGGUAUUGGUAAAGUUCUUGCUAAGGCAUCAUUUGAACACUUUGCUGAAAGUAAUAUGCAGAUGAAACUGACAUGCUGGUAUCUUAAGAAGUACUACCAGGAGAAUCCACUUCCACAUCACCAAGAGAAAGUGUUGAGUUUAUUGUUGGUGAAACUUCAAUACAGGCAGUUCUGCAAUAUACGAACACCAAAAUUACCAGCAUCCACACUUGCAAGCAAACUCCAAAAGUAUGUGUGCUGACAAGCUGCCCAAACCUAAACUGUACUCUUUAGUAACUGCCAUUAAACACAACGGUGCCUGAUGAAGGUUCGGCUACCUCUGCUAUGUUAGGCGGCUUCUUUCCCUCUUCACUAAAAAAAAAAAAAA